AUGGCUAUUCAACCACCAAAAUUGUUUCAUCAACAUAUACUUGCAUACCUCACCUUGGCAAUUGAUAACAUAUUUUCCUCUAUCACAAUUACUGCCAAACAGCUCAAAGCCAAGUAUCAAGCCCGUGUCCAAGCUAACGGGUUCAAACUGCUCUUACGAGAGCUCCAAGAAGCAGAACAUACGAGGAUCCAACUCGACUGGAUAUCUGAUCAUCGCCAGGAGACAAGACGGGUUAACAAUAUCAUCCAAAGAGAAAUGCAUGUCGGUGCGAUAUCUCGCCACUAUGAAAUCCAAGUUCAGCAUGAAAGCCCGCCAGAACCUUCCACUCUGAAGAAGCUUCAGGAGUGCAAUCUCGAGCUAAGGCUACUUAAUAUUGAAUACUUCCAGCACCUGGAACGGAUGGCAGAACUCAUGGAACGCAAGCCACUAGGGCGCCUCGUACAUCGCUCUGGAAUAUCGAACGGACCUACUGCCAACUUCGUGGGGGCUGCUGCUCUCGUGAGUGUGGUUGCUGCGAACGACCUUGGCAGACCAUUCGGCACCCUUCUGGCAAGGUUCGAUAUAUGCACUGCACAGGAAGUUGUGGAUGUUGCACCCGCCACCGCGGGUACUAUUCCUCAAUUUUGGUAG